CAGCGUCUCUAGAGGGAAGAUAUUCCUGUACAGCUCACGGCAUCACUACCUCCUUAAAAUAUGAUGUCACGAUGGGGUCUAAUCGCCAAACACUCCUCACUUUCUUCAACCUUCCUACUGUGCACUAUAUCAAUACAUUUAAUUUAUUAUUCUUUAAGCAUCUCUGCAAUUAAUUCUCUUCUGAUUGAAAUACUGGGGUGAGGUUAAUCAAAAAACUGAAAAUAAAACAUAAUGUCUAGUUUUAUUUUGUGGAAAUUUAUUUAGGGGCUGGGGUGCAGGUGGCUAAACCCACAAUCAAUUCAAUUUAAUUCAAUUCAAUUUUAUUUAUAUAGCGCCAAUUCAUAACAGAAGUUAUCUCAUUGCACUUUUCCUAUAGAGCAGGUCUAGACCGUACUCUUUAUAAUAUUAAUUACAGAGACCCAACAAAUCCCACAUCACAUCAGUAGUAUAAUACCCCCAGUUUUGCGCGGGCAUGCGCGUGUGCACACGUCUACGUGCACUAUCUAACCCUAAAAUAUGUCUGGGCAUGCCGGUAGGGGUUGCUUAUGCCCCUCCUAGGGGGGCGGGUUUAUCUGUAUGAAUAUAUAAGUAAUGGUCACUAGUGGGCAUUUCCACACCUUUUUUUUCUGAGCAGCAAAGGACACCCAGCAGUCAUGGGAUACGACAGAUGUGUGGAUCUCACCCAAACCGCCGAUGUUGUAGAAUACAUAUAUGGAGUGUGGUUAACCCCAUUGAAGUGGGGGUCUAUCGGAAGUCCUGCUCCUCCUCUCUCUCCGCUGACCUGCACACCUCCACCGCCUCCGACGUCUCCGACGUCUCCUCCAGAACAUCCAUCAUCUCAGCCGUCCUGGUCACCUCCAUCAUCCCCGCAGUCCUGGGCACCUAUUGGAACACCACCACCUCCUCUAUCUCCGCCUCCCCUCCAUCUCUGUUGGCCCGUACACCUCAAGCAUCUCCACCUCCUACCAACUUACAAGAGUCAAGCCAGGUUGUUGAGGUAGCAGUGGAGGAGAGAGAGAGGGGGGAACAAGAAGCUGUAGACUUGAGUAUGGAUAUUGUGUACUCCACAGCCACCUCUGAACACCAGGAGAGUCAGUCAAGAUCGAGUUUUCUAAGGUGAUCUACAGAAAAUGUCCACCACUACAAACAGUCUACCGUGAGCUUCAGGUGGGAAUGCAAGGCAGACAAGCAGCCCUUCAAGGAGACAGUAAAGAAAGACUGCAUGUUAUGUGAGUUUGUACCACAAUAAACUAUGGGUAAUAUGAAUUUAAUGUCCCUUUUAGCCCCAUUACAAUCAAUAAGACAAUUAUAUUUGGUUUUGUUUAAUCUGGUUUGAUAAUAAUUAUACUUCAAUUUUAGCAAUAUAUGUUGAUCUGUAAGUAUA